CAGCGCCCCUCGAUUCAGAUUUAAAAUGGCUGCGCUCAUGAAAAAUGUUUUCAAAUUUAUUGAUAUUGGCGCUAACUUGACAGAUCCAGUAUUUAGAGGUGUUUAUAGAGGGAAAAGACAUCAUGAAGAUGAUUUUUUGGAUAUGCUUAAGAGAGCAAAAGAUGUUGGUAUGGAAAAGAUUAUGGUGACAGCAGGAUGUUUAAAAGAUGCCAAGGAAGCUGUUGAGCUGGUACAACAACAUGAUAAUUUAUAUACAACAAUAGGAUGCCAUCCAACACGAUGUGGAGAUUUUGAGAAGUCAGGAGAGCCUGAUGGUUAUAUGAAUAAACUACUGGACAUUGCUGUACAGAAUAAACAUAAAGUGGUAGCUGUAGGAGAAUUUGGACUGGAUUAUGACAGGUUACAGUUUUGCCCAAAAGAAACACAGCUGAAAUAUUUUGAAAAACAGUUUGAGAUGGUAGAACAGCUACAGCUACCGUUAUUUCUACACUCGAGAGCCGCUGCCCUAGAUUUCUCUGCAAUUAUUAAACGUCACAGAGACAAGAUAAAAGGCGGUGUUGUGCAUUCAUUUACAGGAACGAAGGAGGAGGCAGCAGAGAUUCUAGAUCAGGGUCUUUAUAUUGGCAUCAAUGGAUGUUCUUUAAAAACACAGGACAAUAUUGAUGCCAUGUGUUCAAUUCCAAGUGAUAGAAUUAUGAUUGAAACAGAUGCCCCAUGGUGUGAUAUACGUAACACACAUGCUAGCUCCAAGUUUGUACAAACACAGUUCCCAACCAAAAAGAAAGAAAAGUGGGAGAAAGGAUCUAUGGUUAAAAGUAGAAAUGAACCAGCAACAAUUAUACAAGUUUUGGAGGUACUGGCUGCAGCAAGGAAAGAAGAUAUCUCAGAUCUUAGCAAUAUCAUUUUUGAAAAUACAGACAAAAUGUUCUUUGGGAAAGAGACAUAACUAUUUUGUUAAUUAGAGCCUACAGGGUAUAAAAAAAGGUUGUCAGUAUCAUAUUUUAAUGUUUAUUCUAAUAUGCUUGUCUCUGUUAAAACACACUUACGCUAGAAUGAAUAAGUGUUUACGUGUGGUGACGUCAAAGUUUUUGUUGCGACCAAGAAAGAGCGCUACUAUAUUUUAUCUACUUUUUUAGAUUAAGGGCAUAUUAGAAUUGAAAUAAUUUAUAGCAAAACCGUGUUUAAACACUAUUUAUACACUCGGGCGGUUAUACGUCGUACAAAUAAUUUCACUCGGGAUGUGCCCUCGUGAAAUUAUUGCGCCCAAUGUAUAACCGCCCAUCGUGCAUAAAUAGUGAUAAAACACUCUUUUGCUAUGUACUAUUUCUUAAAUAUAAGAAAGAAAUGAAUAAA